CCUGUUUGUUCCCGGCUAUAACUGUCACCAGUGGGCAAACUGGCAUAAACAGGCCUCCACAAGUGGAAAAUCAUUUAACCCCUGUCCUUGUCUGGGUCCUCUCAGUGGCCAGAGAACAACAGAAAGGGAAUCUGACUGUACACGAGCAAAGGGUGAAACCGAGAGUGCCACCCGGCCUGCGGCUCCUGUUCCAGAGGAGCCUGAAGAUCUCCUUUCCCGUCGGAGACUCCAAAUCAGAUAAAUAGAAAAAAAACAAUCCAAGAUGACUGUCACUUACUCCAGUAAAGUAGCCAAUGCGACUUUUUUUGGAUUUCAUAGGUUACUCCUCAAGUGGAGAGGCAGCAUCUACAAACUACUGUACAGGGAAUUUAUUGUUUUUGCUGUUUUUUACACAGCAAUAAGUUUGGUGUACAGAUUGUUACUUACAGGAGCCCAAAAACGUUACUUUGAAAAAUUAUCAAUUUACUGUGACAGAUAUGCUGAACAAAUUCCAGUAACCUUUGUGCUUGGGUUUUAUGUCACUCUGGUAGUGAACCGGUGGUGGAACCAGUUUGUGAACCUGCCCUGGCCAGACAGGCUGAUGUUCCUCAUCUCCAGCAGUGUCCACGGCAGGGACGAGCACGGGCGCCUGCUCAGAAGGACCCUGAUGCGCUAUGUCAAUCUCACAUCCCUGCUCAUCUUCCGCUCGGUGAGCACCGCCGUGUACAAAAGGUUCCCAACGAUGGACCACGUGGUCGAAGCAGGCUUUAUGACAGCAGAUGAAAGAAAAUUAUUUGACCAUCUCAAAUCUCCUCACCUGAAAUACUGGGUUCCAUUCAUCUGGUUUGGAAAUCUGGCCGCUAAAGCCCGGAAGGAAGGUAGAAUCAGAGACAGUGUUGAUCUGCAAUCAUUGAUGACUGAAAUGAACCGGUACCGAUCUUGGUGCAGCCUCUUGUUUGGUUACGACUGGGUUGGGAUCCCGCUGGUUUACACCCAGGUUGUCACUCUGGCCGUCUACACCUUCUUCUUUGCGUGCCUGAUUGGACGCCAGUUUUUGGAUCCCACCGUAGGCUACGCGGGGCAUGACUUAGAUCUUUACAUUCCAAUCUUUACUCUUCUACAAUUCUUCUUCUAUGCAGGAUGGCUCAAGGUGGCUGAGCAGCUUAUCAACCCUUUUGGAGAAGAUGAUGAUGAUUUUGAAACUAACUGGUGCAUUGACAGAAAUUUGCAGGUCUCUCUUUUAGCUGUGGAUGAAAUGCACAUGAGCUUACCCAAGAUGAAGAAGGACAUCUACUGGGACGAUUCUGCUGCUCGGCCACCAUACACACUGGCAGCUGCCGACUACUGCAUACCCUCAUUUCUGGGCUCAACAGUCGAAAUGGGGCUGCCUGGGUCCGACUACCCUGGUGACGAGUGGCUGUGGGACAAUGAGAAGCAUGGCCAUCGCCACUCCGUGAUCCGAAGAGUCAAGAGAUUCCUGAGUGCCCACGAGCACCCCUCCAGCCCCAGGAGCAGAAGCUAUGGGAGGCAGGCCAGUGACAGCUCCAUGUUCUUCCCCGACAGAGACCUCAGCCCGACCAAGGAUCUGCUGAAUGUGCCCUCGAGGAGAGCGCACCGCGCCUCCCGGAAGCAGUUAUCCCCAGAGGGGAGCCCCAAGCUGUACUCCAGCCUGGGGGAACUGUCUACCAUCAGGGAGACCAGCCGGACAAGCACCUUGCAGAGCCUGAGCCCACAGUCCAGUGUGAAGGCCUCCCCCACCAAAAUGCCGCAGGUCCCCGAGGUGCUGAUCACAGCACCAGGGCCCACGUCAGAGGACCCACACUGGGACUCCACCACCUCCAUCCAGAGCUUUGAGUUCACCGGGGUCCAACCAAGCGGCACUGGGCAGCGGGAAGACCCCGUGGGACUAAUCCUGUUUCCCUCAGGGGAGGAGGCGCCUCCUCUAGACCCUAGGCCCCAGACUGUUUCAGCCAAAGCUGAGAAGAACAUUUUCAAGUUUGUGGCUGAGGAAGACCCUUUUGAGAAUGACAAGUUCCCGAAAAGGUGGAGUCUCCCGGAGUUCCUGGAGUCCAGCCACCCCGCCCAGAGAGGCCACAGCCCGGAGCCAAGCCCUGAGCCGCCUCUUUUACUUGACACAGAAACAUCCUCAGAGACCAGCGGCAUCACCUUUGUGGCUGGCUCUCAGACCUCUCCUGAUGUCCCUGCUGACGUGCUGUAUUUAAUGGAAAACCUGGACACCAAAGAAACGGAUAUCAUAGAAUUUAAUCACGAGCAAAGGGAGGAAGCUCCCAGAGGAAUCCCAGAAAGUUCCAAAGCCUGGUUCUAGUCUAAAUUCCUACUUUCCCAAAAGUCCAACCUUAGUUCCAGAACACACCUGUGGGCUGGUUAAUUUUUUAAAAAACAAUCAUACUGCAUAAGCUAUUUAAAAUUUGAAGGGCAUUAUAAUCCUGACUUUUUCAAAACUAAUAAAAUCAAGCUCUUUCACAU